AUGGAUAACACGAAGCUUUUGGCAAACAAUACUGAUAGUCACUCAUCUAUAACCGCUCCUAACAUCCGGAAUGAUCAGGCGGAAUACUUUACAAGUACGCAGUCUGAUGAUCAACAUAGAAAAAACAGGUCAUGGUUUGGUGGGGAAGGUCAUGACAAUAAACCGGCAAUGGACCGCGUGAAAAAUUUCUUGUUGGUUAAUAAUGGGAACUACCUUGACAUAUGGAGUGGUAUUCCGGAUAAAAUAACCGGAAAAACAACCCAGGGACAAUCACGAACAUGGGUAUCUCAACAAUGUGCGAACGAGUUUGCCAAGCAAGGCGUCAAACGCAAGAAGGAAACUAUUUGCACCAAAUUAUGA